CGAAGAUUUGAUUGAUUGCUCAGAGUUUGUCAAAAACUUGUUUCGUGUCGUGCUACUUGUCGGCCGUGUUGUGGAUUCUCAAAUGAAGCGAAAAUGGAGGAAGAAGCUAUAUCUGUGAGUGAUGUUUUGCAUAAUAACGGUGAAAUCGAAUGGCAACCGCUGGCUCUUACUUUAGUUGAGUAUCCAAAAGGAGACUGGCUUGGUAAAUUCUUUGCAUUUAUAAGCCUGUCCCCAUUUGGUAUUGGUGCCGGAUUUGUUGCGCUUAUUUUGUUUCGUCGAGAUCUUCACACGAUAACAUUUUUCACUGGCACAUUGGUCAAUGAAGUGUUGAAUAUAAUUUUGAAGCACAUAGUAUGUGAAGCCAGACCACUCUCAAGAGGAAAUUUAUAUAAUGAAUAUGGGAUGCCCUCGUCACAUGCUCAAUUUAUUUGGUUCUUUAGUAUCUAUGUUUUAUACUUUGUCUUAAUCAGAUUACAUCACAUUAACAAUAACAGUAUAAUAUCAGCUCUGUGGAGAGUGAUUAUAGUAGGUGGCUGCAUGUGCUUAGCCCUGCUAGUGAGCAUUGCCAGGGUGUACCUGCACUACCAUACUACUUCCCAAGUUGUCGUUGGAGGCAUUGUCGGGUUCUUAUUUGCAACUGUCUGGUUUGCAAUAGUUCACAGAGUUUUCACUCCAUUGUUUCCACAGUUAGUCUCAUUGAAACUAUGUGAAAUGUUGAUGAUAAGAGAUACGACGCUGAUACCAAAUGUGCUGUGGUUUGAGUACACCACGUCGCGGCAAGAAGCACGUGCGCGCGGGCGCAAGAUGGCAGCUCUGAAGCCGACACAAUGACGGUGCGCAUGCGCGCGCGCGUCCGGUUCCGCGUCGCGGCCGCGCGCGUGACGCCUGGCGGCCGCCGCGGCGCUCGCACUGCUCGGCGGCGUGCUCCUCACGAAAUCUGACCCAGCUCGCUCCCUCAUCCCUUAAUAACGUAGGUACCUCUAACUUAACUUUCAUAAUGGUCCAGGUAGAUGUUCUCUCAUGUUCAUCAUGAUGAAUUUUGGCUUAUAAAAUGUUAAAUGAUAAUGAUGUUGUACUCUAAAUGAUGCAAUAAUAAUUGAUUUUAAUAUUAAUAAUUACUAUAGGUGAUGUGUAGUGUAAAUGUUCCUUUGAAGUUGAUUUGGUGUUAGUUAAUUGUACAGUUGAGAAUUUAUAAUACUUGAAGUAGAGUUAGUGGAUGGUUUAUAUUAGUAACUAUGUGUAUUACUGUUGAUGUGUCAAAACUAGUUAAAUGUGUAAUUGAAAGGCAGUGUUCAGAUUAUGUUGGGGCUGUAUCAGCCCAGCAAUACUACAAGUUGACCAAAAUAAAUACUUAUAGUAAAGUCUAUUGAUAUGUGGAAGACUCGUACCAGUCUUAUGUGAUGGCAAGAUUUGUGCACAUUAACAGUAGCAUAAAAUUUAUUUACAUUAAAUUGCUAGACCCAUUUGUUGAAUUGAAAGUAUAAUUUUUUAACAGAAUAUACCUUAAUAACUAGAAAGAAGAUUAAAUUAUGAUACAAAAAACCUCAUGGUUUACACGGUUGUGUUAUAUUGUAGGUUAACUUGUAUAAACACUAACCAAAUAGAAGAUGUAAGCAUUGGAUACUUAGGGAUAUUGAGUAUUGUUAAAAUUAUGCUUACAAGAUUUAUAUUGAUGCUGUAAUAUAAAAAAUAUAUUGAAAACUCAUUUGUACAAGACUCAAAGAACAGAUAUCAGUUGGUCAGGUUAACUGUGUGAUUUCAUACACUAAGAGGAAUAAUAAAAUUACUUUGGUACACGUUUUCAAGCAAUGAAAUGGUACUGUUUUAGUGUGGAACCUCAUUUAGAUUAUUGGUUAACACACAUAAUAUGUAUAUUACUAGAGAGUACAUGAAACCUACCUGUAAAAACCUAUGAUAACUGGCUAUGAAACCCAUAUAAGUUGUUAAUUACUACAGAUUUUAAUAUACCUAAAUGUUUGUGGUGACAAAAUAUAACUGUUUAUAAAAGAUAUUUUUUAAUAAGAUAUAUAAAGCAGAUAUGUUACUAUAUUCAAUCAAGUUAACUUCCAAAUAUUAACUAGGUACGCUUUAUUAGUCGAAUUUUAUUAAAUAAUCCAUUCUCAAAAGAAUAUACUACUUAUAUAAACCUCAUUUCGAGAAUAUGUGGAAAUUAAGUAAGUCCUUCAGUCUUCAGAUUAUCUAUAUAAAAUAAUGAAGGUUAAUACCACAUGUAUGUUGUGGACAUGUUCUAUAGAUGCUCCAUAACUACCUUUGUAUUUUGUAAUAAUUCAUAGCAUAAGUACUGUGAAGUAAAUUGUUCGCAAAUGGUCAUAAGUGGGGAAACUUUUGUAAGUUAAGUCGUACAUUAAUUUUGUACACAGAAUACAAGCAUAACUUCCUCAAUCCGUAUUGAGUACUACCCUAAUUCCAAGUUUUGGGUAACAGACUUUCGCAUUUCUAUUCUUGAAGUAAAUAAGGACAAAAGUAUCUGUAUGGAAACUAUUCCACUGUUCCAUGUAUGUGUUAUGUAAAUGCCUAGUUUAAUAUUAAAUACGCUUAAAUUUUAUAUAGGUACACAAUUGUUUACAAUAAAAUAAUAUUUGUACAUGAGAUUAGCUAACCAUCCAGAAACCACUAAAGAAUAUGCUUAAUAAAAUAAGUGUGAUUGAAACAAAACAGUGCCUGCUUGCAUGCAAAUACAUAUACCGACUGCUCAAUAAAAAUGAAGUGAAUAUACUUAUUAUAUAGAUUAUAAGAUUUAAAUAUAGUUCAGAGCUUUCUUCAAAUAGUCGGAAGUGGUUUAUGGGUGGCACCUCGCGUGUGAUAUUCUUUUCUCGUAAAAAAUAGACUUAUUGUAUUUUUGUAAUACGGUAGCGAUUUAUUGUCAUUCAUAGUCAUGACUAGGGACAUUGGUAAUUGAAGAUAGUGUCGAUUGAAUAAGUAGACGGAGACGGUCAGUGGCGACUCUUUCGGGUGCUGGGGUGCGAUCACCCAGAUCUAAUGUGUUUAGGAAUUUGGAAUUUUGUGGAUUUCAUACCUUAGGGAAAGGGUAAAGUUGUAAGUACCUAGUUUCGCUUAAUGUCAGUAAUGCAUGCGAACUUCAGUUGUCGGGUUAAUAUGGUAACUAUAUUUGACAAUGUUUUUUGUCGUGGAUAAAACGGUUGGUGAGAUACGAUUUCAGUUCAUACUUUCAAUGUACGCCUGGCUGCGUCGCACCCCAGCGAGAGCCGUUUCUUUCAGGUCAAGCGGAACCGAAAUAUAGCUUUUAUAAUAGCGCGUGUAGACGGUUAACUUUAUAAUAAAUUCUAAAAACAUUAAUAGCAAUAGAUUUUAUAGCCUUAUUAUAUACAAUAUACAACUGAAAACUUAGAUCGUCAUUGUAUCUUGUUACUAUUUAAAAGAUUGUCAUCUCAUAAUGUCAGGCAUCGUUUCAUAUCUCAGGAAAUGCAGUCUAGCAGUAAUUGGUAAAUUUUAUUUGUAGGGUAGUUAAUGCGAGUGAAGAUUAAAGAUAUUAUUGUAUAUUAUAAUUCUAUUUAUCUGCUUAAUAUUCUUCUAAAAUGUAUAAGUAAUUAUGUAUGUAUGUAUGUAUCUAUUAAUUUUUAACUUGAGUCUGUUUAUGAGAGUCAUUCGGAGUGUAUCGUGGUUAUAACAUCUUAGUAUGGAUAUCUACGUGAGUAGUUUUAGAAAGCAGCUACCGUAUAGCAUGUUCCGCAGUUCCGCACACUCCGAUUGGUUUUUAUAUCUGCAGCCUGGAGUCGUGAGUCCGUGACGUGACAUUGUAUGACCAUGCAAUAGUAAUGUAAAUAGGAAAACAUAAUAUUAUAACGGAAUCGAUCAGUAUGCUAUGUAUUCUUAAUAAAUAAUGUUUUUUGCUCAUGUGUUCGUAGAAUUUAAGAAUAUUUUCUUAAAAUACUUAUUUUAAACGCUAGUGAUAUUUUAUAAAUAGCUAUUUUUUUAAUCUCAUUAUGCAGCUACAAGUUUGCGUUAUGAAAAUGCUUAUUAUUUAUGGGCGGCUUGCCGUUGCGUCACCUUUUGCAGAAAUAUAAUGCAAUUCAUAUUUUUCAACUGUUUAACGAUUCCAUGCUUUAUAAGUGGAACAAUGUUUGUCUUGAUAUAAGCUGUGGCUGUGGCCAUGAGAAACGUGAAUAAGUAUCCUAACUGUGUGUUAAACGUGCAAAUACUUCUUGCUGCUCCAAUUAUUGCAGAAUCUAUUGGAUUAUUGCAAGCAUAAAUAAAUAUGCUUGCAAUACUUCAUUAUUGUUAUUCGUUUUUGUUAAUGAAAUAUGUGUACAGUACCUUUAGUAUGAGUUUGCUUUACGUUGAACGAUAUGUUUUCGCUCAACGUAAAGCAAACAAGUACAAGUCCUCAGAAGCCAAAUUGCUAAAGAUUAGUCACGCAGUAUGUUAAGAUAUUGAUUUUAAAACAAAUCAAUUGCCAUAACCAGACUUUUCUCAUAAUAAUACUUAACUUUAUUCAAGAAUUUAUGCUGAUACACAGAUAUUUAAAUAUCUACUAGUACAUAGUUUGAAAAGUUAUUGCAUUCUAAUAACAUUGUUCAUACGAUUUGUUAUUUGUCAUGUACAAUAUUAAGGAGAAAUGUUUUGUAUGUACUUAGUGAACCAAUUUGGUGUAUUUAAGAAUAGAUGUUUACUUACUAGGAUGAGAACACUCCUCAGUAUCGCAUCCAUAUUUUGUUCAUUGUAAAGAUUGUACUUACAGCCAUUUUUCAGUAGUCAUGCGCUCUAAAAGCGCGAUACGAACAUUCAGCCAAGCCAUUUAGUAUGCAGGUAAGAAAAUAAAGAUUACUUCAGAUUCAGUAUAGAGACCGUAGCUAUUGUUAUACUAAAUUGCAUCCCUUUAUUUUUGUUUGCUAAACUAAUGGUUACCAACUUACCAUUGGUCGGCUCACCAGCCAGUUACAGUUUCUGUAUUGAAGCAAUCUUUAUUUACUUUACCAGUAUAGGAAUUUACUUGGCUGACUGUAUGUAGGUCGCCGCUACAACGUGGCCUUAAAAUUACUGUGAUGCAGAUAAUUGUACAUUAUAUAAAUCAAAUCAUUGCUGAAGUGUGUUUUCAUCCAAUCAUCCAUAAUAUAUUCAGUUUAUUCUUUAAAUAAAACAAAUGUUUUUAUAAAUGUAUAAUAUUAGACUUUCAAAUUGUUAUUUUUUUGUAUAUAAAUCGUUUGAAUUUCAUUACUUUGUACUUGCUUCUGUUUCUAAUCUUCAUAGCUGCAAUAAUAUGUUGUUGAAAUGAAGUUUAAAUAUUAUGUUUGUUUUACAAUUUAGUUUGCCUUACUUAAAAUAGAAUAUGUCGUGUGAACUCAAUUCUUCCGGAGUUGAUUGAUUAGUGCUUCCAAUGUGCUUUUUUCUCUUCUUUAUUUUAUUUUCACUCCAUUCUCCAUCGGCUAUUUCAUUAUCUGCUUCAUAGUCACUUGAGAUACCUUCCCAAAUAAUUAUAUUACAUUUACAAAUAUUGUUAAAAAGAAAGACGAUGAAAUUAAAUGGAUAUUUAUUAUUAUUUGUUGAUAUUACAAGAAAAUUGUUAAAAUUACUUACAGUUGCUAAGUAGCCCAGAGUUUAUGGAACAAUAUGAAUUGCUGUUUUCAGUCAAACUUUCCAUCCAUUGCUGUAAACAACAAUAUAAUAUUAUAGAAUAAA